CAUGAACUGGAGAUGCCGGAACAUUUAUUGUGUCCAUUUCCAAAAUAUGAUCAAGAAGUUAAUAUUAUUGAUGAUGAUUCAUUGGUUGAUGAAAAUGCGCAAAUAAAAGAAGAAUCAGUGACUAAAAGAUCAGAAAUUGAUGAAGAAUCAGAAAUUGAAAAAUUAGAAUUUGAGGUAGAAUCGGAAACUAAAGAAGUAACUCUGAUUAAAAA